AUCUUUCCCUUCAUAAACGAACUUGGCUCGGAAGACAAGCAGUGACGAGAGAGAAUUCCUUUUUUGGGGGAGGGCCUGGUCUGGGACUGUUUUGAGGACUAUGAGAAGCUUGUGAAAAUCCAUUUGGGAAAUAUUUGGAUUGCGGACGUGGAUAUCAACGAUAAAAUGCCAGAGGGCAGGGAGUCUCCAGUGUCUACUGUUGCUCAUGCUGACAGUGAUCAAGGAGAGGAAGAGUGCCCCCGUAUUUCAUUGCUGAAUGGGAUAGACCAGAGUCGGCGGCACCGGACUGCUUUCACGAGGGAGCAGCUGACCCGUCUUGAGCAAGAAUACUGUAAAGAAAGUUACGUGUCUCGACCCAGACGAUGCGAACUGGCGGCAGCGUUAAACUUGCCCGAGACCACAAUAAAGGUCUGGUUCCAGAACAGGAGGAUGAAGGACAAGAGGCAGCGUCACAGUCUGAACUGGCCUAAUCCACUGGACCCAAACCUGUGUGCCUUCAUGGUGAGUCAAGCGGCUGCUGGACUCCACUACCCACUGCUACCCCGCUUGCCCCUUCAUCUAUACUCUCAUCUCGGCAUGGGUAGCCUCUCAGGUUAUACAAACCCCUACAAUGCCACCACAAGGCCAGUGGACACUUUGCACCUCCCUCCCUCGACCUACCCCUGGCUCAGUGGACUUCCACAGCCUGCUCUCUAUUCCCCCGUCCAGACAAUGCACCAUCCUGCAGGAUGCCACUGUCCCCACUGCCUGCACUGGAGACCAGACCACUUGCUCAAACCUAGAGGGGGAGCUAGGAUAGCCACACAGCCCAAAACCUUUGGCAGUGCUUAAGGAUAAAAGAAUAGUGUCAUCUUUGGCAUGUUAAAAACAUAGUUUACCCAAAAAAGAAAAACUCAUUGAUCAUUUACAUACCCUUGUGUCGUUCUAAACCUGUAUGACUUUCUUUCUUCUGUGGGACACAAAAGAAUAUAUUUUGAAGAUUUUUCUUGGCCGUACUAUGAAAGUUUAAGGCUGUUGUAUUUAUGCAUCUGUACAGUUAUUCAGAAUCUAGAUAUCAUUACUCAUCAAGAGCUGCUUUGUUGUUUAUCUUCCCAUAAUAUAGAAAACAGUUUUGCUUGCUUUCAUAAAAUAUGAUCUUUUGAAGUUUGUUCAUAAACAUUUUUCAUCUAUUGACAUUUUUGCACCUGAACACUGUAGAUAUAUAUGACAAAUCUGACUAUUAAAAA